CCGAGCGAGCCAGGAGCUACGGCCAGGGCGCGGCGGCGGGAAGAAGCCGAGGGGAGCGGAGCCCUGCAGACUAAAACCUGCUCUGAUCUUGACACAGAGGAGAAAACAUCUGUCACGUUUAAACAUGGCCCUGAACUCUCCAACGAUGAGGUUAGCUUGCAGGACAGCUGGCAAGCAGAAAGCAUGCAGGCUAGCCAGGAAAACCUGUCCUGUGGAAUCGUUAGGCCUGCCCCUGAGGAGAAGAAACCCCAAACCUCCAGGGGCUUGAUGAAGCUGAGGAGACGGACAAAGACUCUGGUAUCAGGAGAAAGGGAAUCGGUGCGUGAUGUGCUCCCAAUCUGUGCUAGUGGAAUGGGGGAAAAUCAAGUUGCCGCUUCAGAGGGGCUUCGGUCACCAGUCUUCAGGCGAAGCAGUCUCAAGGACACUGGGGAAAACACUCAAAGAGCAUCGAGGCCUGCACUUGUACAGAGAGAAGAAGAGAGUUUCUCUCCUCCUGCUGCAGCAUUAGGAAUUGUGGAGGAUGUGCUUGCUGACAGUGUCCCUCUGGGAGUUGCAGAGCUGGCCCCAUGUGUGCAGAGGGGCAGCAGCUGUGUCUGGCAGACCAAGUACCUCAGUGCUGCUGCCACAUCCAACAGCCCUGAGCCUGCACAGCCAUGUGCAGAGAACAACGACUCUGUUUUACUUGAUGCCAGUGGCGAUGGAGGAAAAGAAAAAGAAAUGGGUGGUGAGAGCAUAUGUGAAGAUCGGGGAGAGUUACGUAGACUCUUGGAUUUAAUGUCAGAAGACGAAACGUUGCCUGCUGGUAGGAAUAACUCUGUGAGCAAUGACAGCCAAAGCCGUGAAGGACAGCAAGGCCACACAAACAGCUUAAAUCCCUUUCCUACAGAUCUCGCUCCAGGCAAUGUUGAAGAACCAUUGGAGAAUCCAGAGCUUGAAAUUCAGUCAAGACUUUCUCAACCAGAAGAGGCGUCGGCUCCUGAAAGCACACUGAGCUCUUGCACGGUGGUCGAAGGGCUUCUCUUCCCGGUUGAAUACUACGUCAGGACCACGCGCCGCAUGUCCAGCUGCCAAAGGAAAGUCGACCUCGAUGCUGUCAUUCUCAGCCAGCUGGGCAGGAGCAAGAAAGGGCAGCGAAGUAAGUGCAAGCAGAAAGAUGAAGAUUCAGAUCAUCCCUCCAAAGAAAGAGCUGAAAAUGAUUUGGGGUCGGGGGCCAUGCCAAUCCCUUUUCUGGGUGCAGAAAACGAUGCAGCAAACUCAAGUAGUUCUCAGAAAUCUCCGUCUGUGUCCAGCAGCAGCAGCACUUCACACGGGGCCAUUUCUCCAAACAGUAGCAUCGGCACGAAGCGAGACCUGAGGCGGGCAAGGAAGAAGCAAAAGGGAAGAAGAAAGUCUUCCUGUAAAACCCCUCUGCAUCAUGUGUCACAGGAUCACAGCUUGGAUCUGCUGGCACCCAGGGAAAGCAGGGAUCUGCUGUCCAAAGAGUGUCAGAGUGGAAAGGAGAACUGUGAGGCCAGGCUUGAAACAUCUGCAGCUGAGCGAAGGCUCUCUGCUGCUGCAGCGCUCAGGUCUGGAGAGACUGGUGCCUUACAGCCAGUGAGUGCUCACCCUCCUCCUGGAGGAAGCCAAGUGCUUGACAAAUCCCAUACGACUCUGCUAGAGCGGGUUCAAAAUCCACUUCAGAGCAGUGAUUCUCUGAAUCCAGCGAAGGAAACUUUUGCCAGCCACACAGGAGAUCUGCAACUCAGCUCAACUGUGUGUCAGGCUGAUGAACAUCCAGUGCAGCACGUUAAGAACGGGGAUGUGCAAGGAGCUCACAGGGCUGAGCAGCUCCCAGCAAUUGCUGUCACCCCACGCCGCUCCCUGCGCUCCUCUGCAAGGCAGAACAUGAGCCAAGCCUCAACAGAUGAGGGCAGAAGAAGAGGUUCCCAGGGUCCUGCUUCUCUCUGCCUUAGUGCUAAGGACCCUGGCACUUGUGGCUCACUCUUGGCCUUCCGCAACCUCCAGUGGCUGACCCCUCAGCUGGGUAUCAGAGACUUUCACUUACCAGAUGAGGAAUUUGGACUACUAAAACUUGAGAAAUUAGAAUCUUCCCCUGUGAGUGACUUGGAGGUUUUUGUUCCUGCCGUGUUUGGAGAUGGUGUGGCUUCAGAGGACACACAAGAUGCACAAAUGAAUCCAGAAACAAAAAGUCUUGAAAAUGAUUCAAUUUCACCUUUAGAAAACAGCUUGUCUGAGUUACCUCCUGUAGAAAGCCUGGCUUCCAAGAGGGAACUUUCCACCCAUGAAUUGCUCUUUACUCCCAUGGGGACUGUCUUACCUGGUGCUCCCACUCAGCUGGAGUCUCAGAUUUCCUCAUCUGUUUUCCCUGUUGUGGGUGCAACCCCAGCUGUUCUACCACCAGCGGGCAGCAGAGUCUUCCCCAGUGCACCCUCCACACCUCUCUCGCAAGCGAGCCUGCAUUCCUCCAAAGGGGAAUCUGCCCUGGUCCUGGAUGAUGGGAAAUGCAAAGCUGCUGCCAUUCCACUGCACUGGGACAACUGUGGUGCAAGAUAUGGUAGCGAAGAGGAGGAAAAAGGUACAACGUUUCCUUUAGGAGCUGAAAGAGGUCCCGAUACUAAAUCUGCUGAGGCUGUAGCCUUGGAGAAGCAUCAGCAGUCAGAGAGCAAAGAGCAGAGAUCCUGCAGAGCUACUCCUGAACAGAAAAAAGAAGUUACAGAACAGUUGACUCCAGUACUGCUUGAUGGCCUGAGUGAAGAGACCUUGCAGCUUGAAUCAAAGCUAAAGGACCCCUCAAGCUGCUGCCCCGUGGAUGUGAGUACGGUGUGGUGGGACGGGGCUGGCUGCAGGGAGCUGUGUGUGGUGACUGCCGCCGAGAGCUCCGUCUCUCUCUGGAAGCCUCUGGUCCCUGACCGCUGGGGAAAGGUCUACACUUGGCAGCUUGGAGAGAUUCCUGUAAUACAGAUCAUUCCUCUGCCAGACUUGUGUAAUCUCGUGUGCAUAGCACUGGGAGAUUUGGAGAUUGCAGAAAUAAGGCUCUUGCUUUAUUCUUCUGAGAAUGACUCGUUCAAGCAAUCGCUGGUGAAAACUGGAAAUAUUAAAGCUGUCCUUGGGCUAAAGGACAGGAGGCUGGUCAGCAGCAGCAGGACCACGCAAGAGCAGCAAGUGGAAAUAGUAUCAUUUUCAGAGACAGGAAGGAGCAAGGAUGGACAGACUUUGAUGCCUCCCGAAGAAACUGUUUUAGCUUUGGCUGAAGUGGAAGGAAUUAGAGAUGCCUUGGUUGGCACCACUGUGGUGAACAGCAUCGUGGUUUGGAAUGUGAAAACGGGCCAGCUGCUGAAGAAGAUGCAUGUUGGUUAUUCCUACCCAGCCUCCAUCUGCCAUCGAGCCUAUUCCGACUCUGGCCUGCUGUUUGUUGUUUUAAGUCAUCCACACGCCAAAGAGAGCGAGUCCUGCGGGAACCCCCCAUUCCGCGUGGUAGCCUUCAACCCCAAAACAGCCAGGAGCGUGGGAGUGACCUUCUCCUCCCUCCCACCUGGGCACGCUGGAAGGUACCUGGAGGGGGACGUGCAGGACACUUGGGCCGCAGCUGUGCUGUCGUCGGGAGCCGUCGCGGUGUGGGACCUGCUGCUGGGACAGUGCACGGCCCUGCUGCCCCCGGGCCCAGCAGGCAACUGGGUACUGGCCCGCUGGGCCACCACCGGUGCCUGCUUGCUGGCCGGGCUGCGGGACGGAACCGUCUGCCUCUACCGGUACCGGCCACCCCAACCCGGAGCUGCCUAAUGGAGGACUGUGGGGCGAGAGUGCCCUGCACCCGGAGAGCCUGGCGCUUCGCCUUGGGCACACCGGGGCCGCCGGUGCGGGGUUGUGCGUGCGGGAGCACUGGUGUGUGCAACGCCAUUAAACCUGUUGGCUUUGGAACGA